UGAAAGAUCUGGAGAAGCUCUGUAUGGAGCAGUGGAUCAAAAUCCCUGCAGCAGUGUGUGCAAACUUGUUCAAGAACUACAGGAAAAGUCUGACCUCUGCAAUCGCAAACAAGUUUCUGUAUGAAAUAUUAAGGACAGUCCACUGGUUCAGCCCGGUGAUUGGGUGUUCAUAAAGGUCAUCAAAAGAAAGUGCUGGUCCAGCCCACGCUGGGAGGGGCCAUACCAAGUGCUGCUGACGACACCCACCGCUGUGAAAAUCGCCGUGCGACCCAGUUGGAUCCACCUAAUCCACUGUAAGCUACAGUGUGUGCCAGACCCUCCAACGAGUAGUGGGGAAGUCUGACUACAAAGGGGUUUCACCGUUUAGGGAUGAUUCGUCUCAACGUCAAUGAAGCAACCACCUGAUCCCUACUCAUUUAGUGAGAGGUGUUUUGGUGACACUGUAAGCUGAGCAACAAUGUUACUGGAGGAUGCUCCGAUGGGACGGCGUGUUCCGGCUAGACAACAGCAGCAAGAACGUCGUGGUCACCAACAUCGCAAAAGUAACUGUUGUGUUGUGGUCUUAGUGUGUGGGAUAGUGAUUGGAUUUCUCACAUUGAUUGGUCUUCUCACGUGGUGGCUGACCCCAGAGUGGGUGAGAAGAGGAACACCCCACGACAGACACCGUCGAUCUGAAGUACUUUCUGGUGAUGCUCAGAUGCAUCGCUACAAAGGCAAUAUCUGGUGGCGCUUUAUCAACUACACCGCCAUCUCCAACAACAUGACCAACUGCUAUGUUUGUGCUCGUAUGCCAACAUCGACAUCUCACCACGUCUACACGACUACCCCCAAGGCCGUGGAGAUAGGCUGCCUGAUGGUGAUGGCUACGUACCCCGGCAGGGGUAAGACAAUGACACAAGCGGACUACUCACAGCCAUAUGAGACAAAGGACCCUCUACUCAACCUCGAGUGCAAGAAACCACGUCCCACUGUGUACCAGGCUUGGCCACAAGCGACCUCACCUCAGGUGAUGGAGGGUGUCGCCCACUAUGGCAUCUAUGAAGGGUGUGUAAUAGGACGUGGAACAAACAAUGUAGGAAAAAUACCACCCUUUCUCUGUAACUUUACUUACACGUAUUGUGCAUACGUUAAUGAGACGGCUGCUCUGUACCGGCAAGAUCUCGCCUUGUUCAACAAGGUCAGCAGUAUUUGGAUGUCAGACAGAGCGUGGUGUAAAGACAGCUCGUAUAGAUGUUUUUGCUCAUCCACUGUUCCAUCAUCAAAAGGUACCACAGCCCUGUUGAACCACAAUUGGCAGUGUGGCACGAACAUAUACACCAGUCUACCUCCAAACUGGUCUGGAGUCUGCAGUUUGGUGAUACUGCAUUAGGCUCUGGUGUACAUCCCGAGAGACCGUCUUCUUAAACUACCCGACCAGCUCCAACCAACUCAACCGGACUACCUGAGUGAACCCGAGACCCCAACUCAUCGCCGGACCAAGCGAGGUUAUGAAGAAAUUCCGAAGGACCACCACAUCUUCUCCACAGGACAAGACAUCGCCAUGGCCCUCUUUCCCAACUUUGGGAUCUCCGCUGUAAGAAGAGAAGUGGAAUUCACCAGAUACAAAUUCCUGCAGUUCAUGAAUUCAUCCUUGACCUUCGCAAAGGCCACUUCGGAGGAACUCACCGCUCUACGACUGAUGGUGCUCCAGAAUCGCAUGGUUCUCGACCUUCUGACCGCACCACAGAGAGGUGUGUGCGUACUAGUGGGAACUGCAUGCUGCACCUUCAUACCGGACAACACUGCAGACAGCGGAACCAUCCAAAGGGCCAUCGCUGAAAUGACAACCACCAGGAACGCUGUGCUGACUACCAUGAACUCAAAAAGCUGGGACUUCUGGUCUUGGUUGACAUCAGGAACUUGGUGGCAACUCCUUUUGAAAACGUGUAUACCACUCGUUGUUUUGGUUAUGUUUUGUGUUCUAAUGCUCUGUGUGCUUCCAUGUAUUCGUAGCAUGUUCUCUCAAGUGAUGACUCGUUCCUUCCUACAGCACCAAGUCCUAAAGCAACAACAGCAAGAAGAACCCCAUGAACCUGAGCCUGCAGCUUGUCGGUAUCAGAGCGGUAUAUGAAAAUGUGUGAUGCUUUAAUGAUGUGCUUAUUGAAAAUGUGUCAAAUACAAGUGAUAAGCAUCUGAUGUUCUGCAUUCACAUACGAUAAACAGGAGGGAAAUGUUAGAGUAAUUAUGCGCCUGACUGUGUAUCACAAUAUAAUCAUAAUAUCAUUGUAUUAUCACCAGCGCAACUUAUAUAUAUUAUAUUGUCACAACGUAUAUUAUCGUUUGUUCUGCAUCACAUGUCACAUGCAUGCAUGUAUCUUUUGCACCAUGUAGUUUUGCACGUCUCUGUUGGGAUUACGGCCUUGAAGCAAGGACAGUGUCUGUGGGAGGACAGCGAAACAAUGGAAUUGAUGUGCACCGGCUGGCUUCACGUCAUGUCGGGUGACAUGAUGUUUGAUGGGAGAAAAGGAGUACAGGCAGACAGCAGCAAACCCACGGAAACAGAUAUUAGCUUGCAAUAGCUCACCAGCUGCACAGGAUGUUUUGCUCCUAUUCAUUGCUUUUAUUCAUGAUAUUCACAAUAACCGACAAUGUCAUCACGCCCAGCUUGUAUGCCACUUUUGCUUAAUAAAAACGCUGUGCACAGGAAGACAGUUCGACGACAGUCGAGAGAGA